AUGAGCUUCCUACACCGUUCCGCCUACCCUUAUGGCACGCAUGCUGGUAUACCCAUGGAUCAUGGCCACCCCAUCGCCCACCCGGCAAUGGCAAACGCCAUGGAUGCCUAUCUGUUGACCCACUCGCCCUACGAAAUGACCGACUAUUACGCUCACAUGCCCAUGAUGGAGGAUUACGAGGAAUACGCCGAGAAUCUCUCGCGCCCCCGCUUGACCAAGGAGCAAGUCGAUACGCUUGAGGCUCAAUUCCAGGCUCAUCCUAAACCCAACAGUAAUGUGAAGCGCCAAUUGGCCCUUCAAACCAAUCUCAGUUUGCCUCGUGUCGCGAACUGGUUUCAAAACCGACGCGCCAAGGCCAAACAGCAAAGACGCCAGGAAGAAUUCGAGCGUAUGCAACGGGAGGCAAAGGAGAAGGAUGGCCAGGCCAAAGUGAGAGACGAAGAAUCGACCGAUGGGCAAUCUGAGCGAGGUCAGAAAAGUCCCGCUCGAAAGAAUGAUGGCAAUAACAGCCCCAACCGGAAAUCUUUGACUCCGACACAAGCUUCCAGCAACAAUAAUGAUCGUUCCCAGAAUUCAGACGCGUCGUCAGUAUCUCGACACAAACAUCACAAGACAGGAAGUGAUAUCACCCGGGAGAAAACCUUCGCUUCUUUGCAACGAGCCUUGGAUGCUGCAGUUGCCGCUCGGGAUCAUCACACUCGGGCUACGGAAGGAAGUAUCUCGGCAGGAACUGUGGAUAUUGGAUUUGAUGUACCACAGACAAAUAUGUCCGCUUCCAACACUCCCCAAAAUUCCAUAAACUCGGCUUAUUCAGAAUGGGGUAGCAGUCGGGAUUCAUCAAUUGCUUGGACACCGUCGCAAAGUCCAGAAGAUGGGUUUGAGUUCGGCAGUCUCAAUGCGGUUCCAUUUGCCUCGGAAGACCAGCUUACAGUUGCACAUAUGGACAACUCGCCCAGUGCAGAUUUAACCGGGUCACAUGGCUUUGGAGGUAUGAAUCCUCGCACACAACAGCUUUGGAGCGCCCAGCUGCAAGGAAGGCCAGACGUUCAUUCUUCCGAAUCUAUGUACGGACCAUUCUCGCUUCAACCGCCAUCUGCCUCUUCAUCAAGACGGGCUUCAGCCUGUGAGGAGCUUGCCGAAACUGUAAACGGCAUCGGCAUUCAUAAUACAUCACUUUCUAGCACCAUGGAGGGGCCCAUGUGGCGACGGCCAGAGAAAGAACUGGACCUUGCGGCGCGCCGUAAGAGGCCCAGGCCCGCUGCCAUUGGUACUGCUGCGGCGCAUCAUCGACUUGUAGCCGGACCGUCCGCUGUGUCACCCAACACACGGAUGCCGAGUUUUGGGGCCCCUCAUCAUCAUACCCUUAGACAUGCCAAAUCUUCCCAUACUCUAGGCUCACGGUAUGCAGGCGUCCGGAAAUUUUCUGCUCCUCAACGCUCGCCUCUGGGAUUUGCGAACUUUGCGGAUGCUGCUAGUGGUGCAUCGGAACACAAGCAAAAGCACAGGCUUCAAACCUCUGCGUCCUUGGGUAACUUGGCGCCUCCAACUCCUCUUACGCCGGAAGACUUUCAGCAUAUGCUACCGGCAACCACGAGCGAUAGUCAGCUUAAUCUUGCUUCACAACGACUGGCAGACAACCAGGGUCUCUUCCCAGUCACUCAGCCGAUGCAGAUCAACGUUGCGUCGCCACCUGAGACGCCAUUGACCAUGGAUAUGUUUUCGACAAUACAAUAUCAAGGUCUUGCGCCUCCCUUGUCGGCGCCUCCGCAGUACGCGUCAUUCACAGAAUAUUCGCCACUUUCCAGCGAGCCAAUGACUGCAGUAAGCUGGGCUGUGUCAACGCCUGAUACCUCUGUGUUUCCGGGAAGCGUGCAGUCUCAACGGCAACAGCAGCAACAACCACCGCCUAACUAUAUUUACGAACAAGACGACGAACAGCGAGAGGCUAAAUGGUCAUUGAGCGAGGAAGGCUCCUCUCUUUAUGGAUCAACGAAGGCGUCGGCGACACCGCCGGCUAGUAUGAUGACGGGCAGCGAAGAACAAGACCAGAACAUGAAGUUUCACAUCCACGAAUUCCCCGAGCAGCAAGAAGCGCAUCGAAAUGUGGCGCAGCAAUUGGCGCCUCAAAUACCGAAGAACUACACGUUUUCGAAUCAGACACCUAGCGACUUCUAA